GCUCAACUUUCGGCUUUGCUGGGUCAGCCUGUCCAAAGAAAGUUCACAUGGACCCAUUAACUCCCAUGCUGCCACUUGCUUGGAAUUCAUAUGAGAAAUAUUUGAGAAUUACAGCAGCACAUGCUUUUGCUGCCUUUAAGAAGGCUGUUUUGAAUCUGAAAAUAUAUUACAAGAGUGAAUUGCCCAUUCAAUUACUGCAAACUCAAUGA